AGGGGGGGGCACCGCACUGUCGUUACGAGUCCAAGUGGAGGGAGGCAGGAGGAGAGACGCAUUAUUGCAGCAGCCGACGGUGCCACAACACUUUUUACGCGGACGAGAGAGAGGGAGAGGGAGGUAAAGAAAUCAACCGAAUCUUCAUGACCGGACUUUUCUUUUCUUCAUCCUACAUUUAAAAAAAGCUGUUUCUAGGAGAAGUGUCCGCAUCCCGGAGCAGGAGGAGCCGCUGCAGGGACACAACAUCCCCGGACAUCCUCCUCCUGCACGGAUUAUAACCCAGAGGUACUUUCAUCGCCCUCUUCUUCCUCCUCCUCUGUUUCUCUUCUUCUUCACACCACACUCUCCAGCUCAGCCUCAUCGCCGUGAACUCCCUGCUCGGCUGCUUGCGCCCGUGUUGCGGUACUUUUGAACGCAUCGCUCCAGAGGACCCGCUCCACUGCGCCAAACAGCCCCGCGCGUCAGUUUCCUCUCCAUCACUGAAGCGUUCGGGACUUUUAUUGGGACCAGUGCCCAGAAAUCCACGUCUCCUUCAUCCCAGUGAUUUCUCUGUUUUUUUCUUUCUUUUCGUGUGGUACUUCAGAACCUCCCUCUCUCCUCCUCCUCUUCCUCCCCCUCCUCCUCCUCCACUGCCCGUGAGUCAGUUCAAACAGCUGCAGAGAAGAUGUCUGCCCCAGAUGCCGCCGCAGCCCCCGGUGCUCCAGGAGCCCCCGGUGCAGAUGGAGCGCCCGGCCAACCUCCAGGCCCACCCAACACUUCCAGCAACCGCAGGCUACAGCAGACACAGGCCCAAGUAGAGGAGGUGGUGGACAUCAUGCGGGUGAAUGUGGACAAGGUUUUGGAAAGGGACCAGAAGCUCUCAGAGCUGGAUGACAGAGCGGAUGCUCUCCAAGCCGGAGCCUCCCAGUUUGAAAGCUGCGCAGCCAAGCUAAAGAACAAGUACUGGUGGAAGAACUGCAAGAUGAUGAUCAUGAUGGGCAUCAUUGGAGUCAUUGUGGUUGGAAUAAUAUUCUUGUACUUCUUCUACUGAACUCAGCCCAUCAAUACAGAUGGAUAUGGACUUGAGAAUGAUACGAGAGGGAAGAGAGAAAAAAAGAAAAACUAGCGCCACUCCUCCCUCUUUUAUCCGUCCUCUCCUCCCUCUCUUCACACAGUCUUCCAUCCAACCAUCUUGCACUUACACAUGACUUUAGUGUUAAUAGGUGUGUCUGCUUUCUUUGUCCCUCCCUGUUCCCUCUCUUCUUAUCGCUUUCUUCCACUGUUUUGGCGUGAAGUCGAACUCGCUCGCUCUCUCCCGGUCUCUGCACCUCAUGUAUUAUUGAAGGUCGUAGCAGGCGGAGUGAAAGAGGAAGAAAGAAAGAGAAGGAGGGAGGGACGGAGGGAGAGAGAAAAAUCCUUGUGACACGGGGAACACACGGGUCUAUGAGCCCAAUGAACAGAGCCAUGGGGGGUAAUGUACAGUGUACAGAGGGUGAAUGUGUGCAGGGAGAUUGAACCAGAGUUUGCAGUCCUUUCUACCCCUGAUACACCAAAGCUUGUUCAUAUUAACUUUUUUGAGAGUCCUGCAUUUGUAAAUUGAUACUGACAUGCCAAACUAACACUCUCCUCCUCCUCCUCCUCGUCCUCCUCACCACCACCACUGCUUCCAUCGUCGCUGCUUCCUAACAUGAGGUCAUGUUAGAUUAAGAUUGUGAUCGGUUUUGUUGUAGGCGCGUGUGUAUUUGUGAUCCAAAGCAUUGUAGCUAGUAGCUUUUUCCAAGUUUAGUGACUUUUUCUUCUCCUGCUUAACUUUCUCUUACUUAGCCUCUUACUUCUCCGAUGUUUAGUGAUAGAAAAGAGAAAGAUGUGAAAAACGGUGUGAGGGUUUAAGAAAAGGAAGAAGUGAUUCAGGGAUAUGUAGUUUGAGCAUUGCAGCAUUUUUCAGCAUAAAUAAGUGAAAAACUACUUGUGUCUGGACCGAAAAGCGAUUCCUGACUUGUAGUUCUAUAACGAUGCUUCAUUUGUACGGGGGGUUUUGUACCACAGGUGGUGGCAUGUAACUUUAUGCCUCGCGGCAUAAGCAGCGAGGUGAGCAGACGAGCAGCCACUGACAGACAAUCUACUGUGUACAUGAACCCCUCCGACGCAGAGGAAGGCCUCUCAAAUCUGUCCUGGGACGGAGUCACAGCCAUAGACAGAUAAAUGUGUAGCAUCACAUUUCAAACAGGUAAAAACAACAUCCAGAGUCGUGUUGACAGAAGUGUUUGUGUGAAUGUUGUUUUCAAGUUGAUCCAAUCUAUGGAAAAGCAGCGAAACGGGAGAAAAGACUUGAUUGGGAAAACCUCGGAGCCGCCCGGCCCUCCCGCUGCCCCCUCACCCGCUCACAUCAAAACAGACCCAGCCUCCACCUUCAGUUCAGUAACAGUCAAAAAGAGGUGUUUGUUUCUAACUUGCAUGGCAAACGGUGUCCAUAGUUUUGCCUAUUUGUGUGACCUGUGUAUCUGCCAUGUCUGAAUCUAACUGCCGAUUGUACAUUUUCUUUUGUUAGUGGUUUCAAGGACCUAUGUAUAUUUUCUGAUCUGAUAAUUACUGCUUAUGCAAUGCAAUGACGCCGAGGACUUUGCCAAGUUUUAAAUUCACUUGCUUUUGAGAGAAAAAUUAUAUCCAGAGACUGCAAACAACUGCUACUAUUGUGAACCGUUAAAUACAUGUAGUAUUGUAUGAGUAGAACCAUAGUACACAUCUGUCAGACAAUGCUCCUGAAAGCAAGUUUAUACAUUCUUUCAGGUUUUCUGGGAGGGGGGGGUUGUUGUUGGAGAAAAGCUUGUUUUCCUCUCCUCAGACUGAUUUUGAGAGUUGAUGAAAUUGUGAAAAUAUGAACAACCUUACGUGCAAAGUGCAUUUAUGAAUAAUUGUAGCAGUUCCAGUCCAAAAUUACCUGAUGGUAUUGUGCAACAACAAUAUUAAAGGGUAAUUACCACAUUAGGUAUGAGAACAUGUGUGAUUUACAGUAAGAGAUGCAACUGGAUUUGCAAAAAACAAAUGCAUGCUUACCACUUUUGCUGAUGCCAAUAAAGAAAUCAUCAAUAGACCUGA